AUGACAAGUGUUAAACGUAAAGCGAUUACAAUCGAAACAAAAUUGGCCGUGAUAAAAAUGUUAGAAAGUGGUGCUAAAAAAAGUGACGUAUGCAGACUCUUCGAUUUGGUCAAUUCGUCGGUCGGAUCCAUAUGGAAAGCGAGAGAUAAAAUCAAAUCGAUACAGAGUAAAAACCUAAAGAAAAUCCGUAGGCCCACGCACGAAAACCUCGAUACGGCACUUAUAAAAUGGUUCAGGGAACGACAAUUGUUAAACCUUCCCGUUAGCGGAUCGGGUUUGAAAACGAAAGCGCAAGAAUUGGCCAAAAAAUUAGAGGUUGACAAUUUCGAAUGUUCGAACGGUUGGAUCGACAGGUUCAAAAAACGUUACGCGAUAUCAUUUACAAGAGGGAAUAAUCAAAGCGACGAACGUUGUUGUUUGGAUUUGACGUGGCUUAAAGAAUGGACGGAUUUUGGCGGGAAAAACAUCAAAUACGAAUUCGAAGAUAGAAACAAGAAUUACGGCGGAAACAGUUUAACAGCGUAA